AGCUUUAUCCCUUUCUCUAUUUUUGAUUUCCGUCUACCCGUCAAAAUUAAGUUUUAAAUUUUCCACAUAUCUGGAACCCGACAAUAAAUAUUUUGUUUGCAGUGACUGCCGAUUUCGCUAUUAAAUUCAGUGAAAUUAUACGGAAUUUCUAAUUAAUUAAGCUAAUUUCGUUUCAUCUGCGCCACCUCAACUCGAUUGAAAACUGAAAUUGUCAAUUUAAUCACAGCAUCAGUGAUUUGCGUUUGAUAUUUCAUUUGGCUAACUACUUUCGCAAAAUUGUAUUUGUUACCGAUUUUAUCGUAAAAUUUGUUACGAAACAUUGUUUGUUGAGCUUGAUUGAUAUUCGUUCAUUGUUUUGGUGCAAACAAGCGUCUGUUAGCAUACGGUGGAGUGUUGAGAAAGUUGAAAGCCUGUUUUGGGAAUCGCAAGAAAUUGUAAGCAGUUGCAAAAAUGAAUACUAGUUACUUUUCCCCUCGUCUGAUGGUUGGGGCUGCAAUAGUUGGCAUUCUUGGAGCCGCUGGAGUCUUCAUAUACGAACAAGUGUACGCUGAGAAGCGAAGAUCCAUGCUAGUGAGAGAAGUACAGAGGCUGGACAAACAGGUGGCUUCCAUGAGGACAGAACUAGAAUCGCUCAGGGAACUACAGAAGGAAACAAGCCUACGUCGUAUCAAACAGAGGAAGGCUCGCAGGGACCGCACAGCCAAGAAGGUGGUUGGCGGUGAGGGCGGCGAGGCAACGGAGCAGAGCUACGCGUCCGAUUCGGAGUACUUCACUGAUUACCAGUCCGUAUUGGGUACAGACGGCGAGCUGGACAGCGAGGAGUUCUACGACGUGCCAACUGACGAUGAUGAUGAUGAUACGCUCAGAGAGUCACUGCGCAACGGACAUGUCGCCGAACUUAAAGACGAUGAGGCGUCAGAAAAGAAGCCGGUUACCCCUGUUUCAACAAUCAAAAUUGCAACAUAGCUGUAAAAUGUAUACAGCCUGUGUGCAGAGCGUUAGUAAAAGGGGGAAGGGGUAAGGGGAUUAGUAUUAGUUAUAUAGUCGGGAAGGGGGUAAAACCACCGUAGCUAGUUAGAUAAUAAAGACUACAUUUUGUAAGUGAACGAAUUGCAAAUGUUAUAAUAAUUAUAAUAGCAACUUAUAUUACGUAUAAACCUAUGAAAUUAACCUGUUAUAAUCUGACUCUAUAUUACAUUACUCUUAUGGGCAGACGUGCUCCACCGUAGGCCGCAUCAUCACUUACCAUCAGGUGAGAUAGCGGUCAAACGUCGACCCAUUAAAUGUAAAAAAAAAAAAAAAAAA